UCUUAUUAUAUUGAAGUUAGUUCUUCAUCUCGUUCGCUUACUUGCCUGAAACUCCAACUUUUAUCACUUGAAAUGCAUAAGCUUAUCGGCUGGAAAGCAAAAGCAAAAUAGCCGGCUAAAAGUGGCUUAGGUCACUGCCGGGCUUUUAAUACUCCAAUGCAAAGAAAGGAGUUUGAGUGUUUUCAAAAAGAAUUACCAAACAGGCCUUACUUUUACAUUAGUGUUAAGGUCUUGCAACGAUUUUCGUUUCUUAAAAGGUUAAGAAAAAAUUGAAGAUGCUCCACAGGGGCCAAAGUCGUAAUACUACGAAAAUCCCGUGGUCAAUAUAAAUUUGCAAAAGCGACCCUCCGUUUUCAGGUCAUUAGGCUCUCAUAGCUCAGAAUAGAAAUCAAAAUCAAAUAAGUUAAUAGAGGGAGAGAGAGAGAGUUUUAAAGAGGGAGGCAUUGAAGUGCUCACAUCAAAUGAAGCACGGAGAUGGCUCUAAUGGCUUCUAGGACGAAGGCAUCUAGGGUUCUAAAUUGUCUCAUAGAGAAAACAGCUUGUCUCAGAACUGGGCCUUGUGCCAAUGGCUUUUCUCGGAGGAUUCUGGACGACCCAUUUGGGGGAAUAGGCCAUUUUCGCUGUUAUUCUUCUUCUGCGGCCGUGGCUUCGAACGAGUCCAGACUGGGUUUGGGUGGGUUUGAGGUUUUGGGACUGAAAGAUUACGAGGAGUAUAGAAAAGCUCUGUACGGAGAGAUAACUCACAAGGCUCUCUUGGUUGAUGCCGUCGGUACUCUUCUUGUUCCCUCACAGCCCAUGGCUCAGAUCUAUAGAAAGAUUGGUGAGAAAUAUGGGGUGGAGUAUUCGGAAACCGAGAUAUUAAACAGAUACAGAAGGGCUUAUGCACAGCCCUGGGGUAGAUCUCGACUCAGAUAUGUGAAUGAUGGAAGACCCUUCUGGCAAUACAUAGUCAGCUUUUCCACUGGCUGUUCAGAUACUCAGUACUUUGAGGAACUUUACCACUACUAUACUACUGAAGAGGCUUGGCACCUCUGUGAUCCUGAGGCAGAGAGAGUAUUCAUGUCUCUUAGAAAAGCGGGUGUAAAAUUGGCUGUUGUAUCAAACUUUGAUACUCGAUUAAGACCCGUUCUGCAGGCAUUGAAUUGCAAUCACUGGUUUGAUGCUGUGGCAGUGUCAGCUGAAGUUGAAGCAGAGAAGCCAAAUCCUACAAUAUUUCUAAAAGCUUGUGAGUUGUUGGGAGUAAAACCAGAGGAGGUUGUUCAUGUAGGAGAUGACCGGAGGAAUGAUAUAUGGGGUGCCAGAGAUGCAGGAUGUGAUGCUUGGCUCUGGGGAAGUGAUGUCUACUCCUUCAAGGAGGUUGCUCAAAGGAUAGGGGUCCAGGUCUGAUUGAAGAAGACCCUCUUGAAGGCAGGAGGACUGGGGAAUGUUUUCAUUCCGUAGCUUGGUUGCAGAAGGCUUGUAUAUAAUCUGACCCUGUUUUGGUAUUGGUUUCUGUAAGCUAAUUGUAUGCUAGCUGUGAUCGAUGUAAUUUGUCCUUAUGAUUGUAGAGCUAUUUAGACAACUGGCUUGGAUGUGAUUAAAAAUAAAAAUAAAAAAACUCCAAGGAGAUGUGUAUAAAGGGGGCGAUUUUCACAA